AUGACAUCUCUAAGGUCCUGGUUCAACCAGGGUCCAAUGCACCAACUCUUUCAGCCUGGAAAAAUUAUCCACCUAAGCCCCCCCCAAGAGAGCCAGUGGAGAAUAAAUGAGAUCAUCAAAGAGUAUGAUAAUCAGAGGGACCAGCGAAAUGUAAGAAAGGACGUCCCAUCCUAUGCCGCAAUCAAAUUAUCAUGCAGCAAAGCCGAUGACCCCACUUCACGUGCCAUGAUGCGAGUGUACGUCCAAAUUCCUCACACAAACACCGAGCCAAAAAUCCGUGCCCAGCAGGCUAUACGAUUCAAGCCCAAGGAGCUACAUGCAUUUCAAACCCUUUCUAAGAAUAUUACAACAUCAAACUUCACUCCAAGCCUUCUUGGUUAUCGGGAAUCUGAGCAGGACGCCUCAGGAAUGAUCCCAGGUGGCUUUCUUACCUUCAUUGUCUGGCAGAUUGUUCCUGGACUAUGGCUUGGUAGUCCUUCCGGAGAGGCAACUGGAUUCUGGGACUCAGGUCUGGAUUUGGAAGAGCGCAAUUUGAUCCGUGCUAAGUUCAAAGAUACCUUCCAUUUCUGGGUCGGGUUUCGAAAUUGGGAUUCGUCUACACCCGGGCCGGGCAGAUGGACAGAAUUCUGGUGGUAUUACUUUGGGCUUGCCAAGGUUGAUGGAUACGACAAUCAUCCCAUGGACGAUGAAUGGGACGGAGACACAUCAACUUGGCAUUGGUAA